GAGCAAUCGGGUAUAUUCGGAAAAUAUUCGGAGGAUGCUUCGGAUAUCUUCGCUAAAGUUCGGAAAUCGUCACCCCUACGUACAUCACGAUCGCCGUUUGGACGGUAGCGGACUGUUGUUGCCGGUUGUGUUCUUGUACAAUCCAAGCCCAUCCACGAUGAGUAAAGCACAUCCUCCCGAAUUGAAGAAGUUCAUGGACAAGCGGAUGUGCUUGCAGCUGAAUGGCAACAGGAAAGUGUCGGGCAUCUUGCGAGGUUUUGACCCCUUCAUGAACCUUGUUAUUGAUGAGUGUGUGGAACUCAGAGGCAACGAGAGGCAGAGUAUCGGCAUGGUGGUGAUCCGUGGCAACAGUAUCAUCAUGUUGGAAGCCUUAGAGAGAGUCGUUUGACCACACCAUGGGAGUAUUGUGUAAAGGUUUCUGCAUUGAAGGGGGCCCUGCCUGGACCAGUUUAAUUAGCGCACUUCAGUUAUGUUACUAAAUUAAUGUCUUAGUUAGGUCAUGUGUGUGGUGUUUGCCACUAACAUUCCACUGUGAACAUACAUGUGUUCUGAAAAGAACGAAUUAUGACUGAAGGUCAAGUUUGUAAAACGUAAUACAGUUAUACGUAAUACACUGGAAAUAAAGAUCAUAAAUGAAGGAAAAUUGUAUGUCAGAUUGUCACACAAUGCGGUGUAUAUAGCUUUAUUUCCAUUGUUUAGUAUGAGAGAAGCAUACAAGUAGUAACUUUGGUUAUCAAACUGACACUUUUCCAGUUUUCAUUUGCAAUGGGCACUCUGAAUCUUAUGUUUUUGUAUGACUGUUUUACCGUCAUCGUCAAUGACAUGUUGUUCAAGCAUCUUUCUUAUUAAUUUUUUUAUACCACUUAUGAUACUAGUACUUAAAGGAGUCCUAAACUCCAGAAGAGUGUUAUUUUCCAAUAAAUAUCAACUUUAGGAACUAUAAAAUGUAUACUAUUUCAUUUUACACAAUAAAGUAGCCACUAGUCCUACA